AUGUCUGACCUCCUGCUCCUGCUCCUGCUCCUGCUCCUGCUCCUGCUCCUGCUCCUGCUCCUGCUCCUGAUUCUCCCCUUCAUCCAACCGAUCCUGGAGAAGAUCUCCCGGCGAUCAAAGCGGAGGGAGGGAGGCGAGGAGGGUCAGGAGGAAGGAGGAGGAGGGGUUGACGACGACGACGACGAGGCGAGCGAGGACGCAGCUCAUUCGUUCAUGAAGCAGAGCGACAGGAAUGUCAAGGAUUGGAUAGACAGUCAGAAACGGAUUCCCUUUCCCGAGCCUGACUUUGUUAGCUCAACGCCAAACGAAACAAUCGUCAGAGAGUACAUUGCUGCAGGCAUCGACGUCAACAUCCGACAUCCUGGAAAGGUAAACCGAUCGGGAUUGCACAUCGCGAGCUCUUCUUCGGAGUGCUUCGGGGUAGCCAAGAUACUGUUGGAGGCAGGAGCGGAUCCCAACGCCAUGGACCAGGAGGAGCAGGAGAAGGAGCGGGAGCGGGAGCAGGAGGAGCAGGAGGAGCAGGAGGAGCAGGAGGAGCAGGAGGAGGAGGAGGUUUUGAUCGUCGCGAGGCAGACCGGAAGUUUUCCAUUGCAUUAUGCGGCAGAAACUCUCGACCCCGACAUGGUCGAGCUGCUCCUGGAUGCCGGGGCCCAUGUCAACGUCACCAACUCGCUGGGCUACACUCCUUUUCGAGUCGCCACCAACUUCUACGAGGCGUGUGAAGGAGGAGGAGGAGGAGGACGAGGAGGAGGGGGAGGAAGAGCUGAAUCUUCCUGA